GUCGGGCUGGAUCUCCUGAAGCUCGCGUUUGAACGGUCUGGGCUCAUUCAUCUCUUGUAUAUAUUUCUCUGCAGUCCACUCUUCCUUUCUGUUUGGUUUUGUUUCUCGAUUUCCUCCGGACACUUGAUUGUGGGGUUCGAUCUUGCAUCUCUCAGUUCACUAUUCUCUCUUUUCACCGUGCACGUUACAUUCGUUCGAGACUCCAAGAGGGAAAGAACAGGAAGAAAGAAGCUCAAGAUGGCAGAGGAAAUGGCUGCUCCCGCCUCUGGCGCCCCUCCGGCAGCUACAGACCACGAGUUCACAUCCCACCAGGAAGGACCAGCGCCUGUCCCAUUAAACAAUGCAUCUCGCAGAUCGACCCUUUCGAAAAGCUACCUCGAUGUCAAUGUCAGGGGCACGACGACGCCGCAUAGUGUCAAUCGGCACUCACAUAUGGGGGACAUUGCUCUGGAGAAUUACUUCGUCGGACCCCGAGAUAUGGACGCCCACUCGAAACUGCCGUAUUUCCUGCGAUUGCAUGGCAGUGUUAUGCCGAGGAUGAUACUGCCGCUGUUCCUUGUAGGAGGCUGGGCGACAUGUAUUACCUGCAUUUCGAAAUUCGUUAAACCUCUGGUCGUCAAUCCCGUUCUCCUUACCAUCCUCGGUUUUGUGGUCGGUUUGGCGCUGUCGUUUAGGAGUAGUUCUGCUUAUGAACGUUACUCCGACGGCCGCAAAUCGUGGGCCACCCUCUCCGUCCAGUCUCGAAACCUCGCCCGCUACAUCUGGGUCCACAUCAGCGAACGCCCCGAAAACUCCAAAGACGACCUCCUCUCAAAAGUCACAGCCAUUAACCUCAUCCUCGCCUUCGCCGUCUCGCUCAAGCACAAGCUCCGCUUCGAGCCCUUUGCCCAUUAUCAGGACCUGGCGAGCCUGAUCGGACAUCUGGAUACAUACGCGAAGGGCGCAACGAAAGAGCACUUGGACGAGGGCAAGAUGACGCCGUGGAAACGAGUGGGCAAUUAUCUCGGCAUGAGCAUGGCGCAGAGUAAUCCGCGGAAGGCGAUCAAGAGGGCUGAUAAGCCGCUCGGAAACCUGCCGCUUGAGAUCCUGACCUAUCUUUCUUGCUACAUCGAGGAAGCGAAUGCGAAUGGGACGCUCAAGAGUCCGAUUGUCUGUGGGCAAAUCAUGACCUCGCUCGCAGCGCUCACCGACACCCAAUCCUCUGCCGAGCGCGUCCUCACCACGCCCCUCCCCGUCGGCUACAACAUCCUGAUCUCCCAAAUCGUACUCCUCUACAUCUACCUGCUCCCCUUCCAGCUCUUCAACACGCUGGACUGGAUCACCAUCCCCGGCACCCUGGCCGCGGCAUACAUCAUCAUCGGGCUCGCGGCCAUCGGGAACGAGCUCGAGAACCCGUUCGGCAACGAUGUCAACGAUUUGCCGCUUGAUAGCUACUGUGCGGAGCUGAAGAGGGAGCUGGAUACGUUGACGUCGGUACCGGCGCCUAAGUUUGGGGACGUGGUUAUGGGGAGGGGUGGAGGAGAGAACUUGGUGCUGUGGCCGCUGAGUCAGAGUGGGGCGGCGGAUUGGCGGGAGAGGAGCGAGAAGGAUAUUAGGAGUGCGUUGAGGGCGAAGGUUAUGGUCAACGGGAGAGAAUUCCGUGGUCUUGGGAGUGGAAAAAGCAUGGAAAGUUCAACGCGAAAGAGAGAAAGUGGGAAGUGA